UAUAAAGAAACCAUUUUUAUUCAAACAAAUCAAUAUUUAUUUUCUAGAACUAAAUAAUACUUUCUGCACGCAGACGCCACCGAAUCCUCUAUCUCUUCUUAUUCUCAUUCAUCUUCACCAUCCAAAUUUCAAUUUUUCAACUCACUAAUUCAUACCCCUUUGACUUUCAUCUUGAUCUGUUCGUCUGUUUGACCCAUUUCAUUUCCCAGAUCUAUCCUCUUCCAUUUUGACCAGUUGUGGUUUAGUUGGAGAGUGUUUGCAUCCUUGUUGGGGAUAAUGAAGAAGGCCUUUGAUCAAACUGUCAGGGAUCUUAAGAGAGGAGUUAACAAGAAAGUUCUUAAAGUUCCUUCAAUAGAACAAAAGGUUCUUGAUGCUACUAGUAACGAGACAUGGGGUCCCCAUGGAUCGCUUCUCGCUGAUAUCGCAAUUGCUUCACGAAACCAUCAUGAAUACCAAAUGAUCAUGUCAAUCUUAUGGAAGCGUGUGAACGAUACCGGAAAAAAUUGGCGCCACGUGUACAAGGGUUUGACUGUUCUUGAAUAUCUUGUAGCAAACGGGUCAGAGCGUGUCAUAGAUGAAAUUAGGGAACAUUCUUACCAGAUAAAGUCCCUGUCAGAUUUUCAGUAUCUCGAUCAUCACGGAAAAGAUCAGGGGAACAACGUUAGGAAGAAAUCGCAAAACCUUUUGGCUCUCGUGAAUGAUAAAGAAAAGAUAACUGAAGUUCGGCAGAAGGCUGCUGCCAACUGGGACAAGUUUCACAACACAUCGGGAAGCGCGAAAUACAGGCCCGGAUCAUAUCCGGGUGCGGGAGGUUAUGAUGAUGAUCGAUUUGAAGGUCGUUAUGGAGACCGUAAUGGGAAUGGGUAUGGGUAUGGGAGAGAAAGCGAUGGGUAUCGUUAUGGCGAAGAACGUUACGGUCGGGACCAAUAUAGGGAUGAUGAAUACCGAGGUAGAAGGAGUGUUGAUGGUGACAGUUACGACCGAAGAAGUAGAAGCUCUGAUGACAGAGAGCGUGCUUAUGGAGAUGAGGGACAGUAUUCUUCAAGGCAGUUUGAGCAAAAAUCUCCUGAACAAAAUCUCGGGGUACCUCCUAGUUAUGAAGAUGCUGUGGCUAGCGGUCGUAGUCCCAAUUAUAAUGAGAGGGACGGAGAGACGAAAUCUGUAUCCCCACCACCUGUAACCGCCAGUCAUGAAACCACAGUUUCUAGCGCCCCUCCGGCUGCUCCAGCAGCUAUUCCGCCGCCAGUCGCCGCUGCUCCAUCGCCAGCAGCCGCUGCACCUCCAUCAUCAGCAGCCGCCACACCUCCUUUACCCGUUUCCGCCUCGAACAAUGAAACAAACGGGUUUGAUGAGUUUGAUCCUCGUGGUUCCUUCGGUUCAUUUCCAGCGCCCCCGCCAACAUCGGGUAAUACUGAAACCGAUCUGUUUGGUUCUUCAUCAGACCCGUUCUCUUUGAAUUCAUUGGCUCUUGCUCUCGUUCCCGUUUCGACUCCAACUUCUGAACCUGAUGCUCCUGGUCAAAGUCAAACCUUUGUGGCCGCAUCUUCGGCGUCCACUGGCCCUACCCAGCCGUUUGAUGAUCCUUUUGGUGACGGCCCGUUUAGAGCUGCCCCUUCUACAAAUGGGUUUUCAGCACCUCCUCAGUCAACAACUGCCGUUGGUCAAAGCGUUGAACCACCGCAAUCAGCUGCCCUCGCUCCGAACUCGGUUAAUAACGCUGGAUAUGGCGGUUUUGACCCAAAUACCGAUUUUCUAGCGGAUCUUCUUCCACCAUCUGGACCUUCACAGACGAGUUUCCCAGGUCAACCUAACCCGACCUCUUUUCAGUCAACUCUACCUGGUCAACCUACACCGCAUCAAGAAAGUCAACCUCCGCCACAACAGGGAUUUCAACCUCAAGGCGGCCAAUUCAUGCCGCAGCCUGGUUUUCCACCUCACGGUGGUCAAACCAUGGGUCUUGGUGGUUUCCCAUCUCAAACGGGCUAUGGUUAUCCCGGUUCCAAUGGUCAACCUACAUAUCAGAGUUCUUCGACUCCGGUUCCACCCGUGGCUCAAGCUACCGCCACUUCAAGUUUCUAUCAACCGCCACAGGUUCAGUCCGGUAACGGUUCCGCCCUAAAUGCUUCGACAGGUGCUCUUGUUAUAGUUCCUCAAGAACCAGCCAAAUUCGAGACCAAAUCCACUGUGUGGGCCGAUACGUUGAACCGCGGGCUCGUUAAUCUGAAUAUAGCUGGAUCUAAAACAAACCCGUUGUCGGACAUUGGAGUCGACUUUGAAGCGUUGAAUAGGAAGGAUAAAAGAAUGGAGAAACCAAGUGCAGCCGCGGUUACAUCUACUACAACCAUGGGUAAGGCCAUGGGUUCGGGUUCUGGUAUCGGACGUGCUGGUGCGGGUGCACUUAGACCCCAACCGAACCCCAUGAUGGGUCCCAGCAUGGCUGGACCCGGUUAUGGAGGCAUGAACCAGCCCAUGGGCCAAUUCCAGAUGCAGCCACCGUCAGCCGGAUAUAUGCCACCUGGAGCUUACAACCCAAUGAUGGGACGUGGCGGUGGUUAUGGUCAACAGCCGUAUGGUGGUGGUUACGGUUACCGAUAAAAUUCUUUCCGGUCAACUUUGUGAUAGGAACUACUGAACAGAAGGGUAAAAGAGUAAUCUUAUACAAACAUGUAAAAAGGCACGAUUUUCGUUAUGUGAGAGUGAUAGCAGCAUCAUCCGUCGCGAAAGAUUUAUUGUGAUGAAAAACUUCACCUUAAUGUAUGAUUGUAUGGUGUAAUAUUGAUUGAUAUGGUUUUGAUCUUGUGUAGGUGUUGUGAAGUUUGUAUACCAUGGAGGAUGACCUUUCUCAGGUUGCCUUGUAGAACAGUUUUGUGUCUUGUUGAUUGUUGAAACAUGUAUUAUUUGUCAAUAAACACAAGGGGGAUUCACUUUUGUUUUUAUAUUUGUUGAUUUAUUA